AUGCUCCUCCCCACCUGCGCCCUCGGCGCCCUCGUCGCUCUUUCAACCUCCGCCCUCGCCUCUUCCUCGGCCUCGUCCGGCCCCGACGCAGCCGCCGGCCCAGCUCGCCUCGACGAGCGCGUCCCGUACUCGCGCCAGGACGGCGUGCGCAUCGCGCUGUCGAAGCGCACGAACCGGCGCGUCGCCUGGGCCGGCCUGCGCCUCACGCUCGAGAACGGCGUAGUCGACUUCGACAACCUGCAGAACGCCGUCGCGCGCACCCAGGACAAGUACUCCGCCGGCGCGUCGCGGUACCACUGGCGCACGGGCAAGCGCCUGCCCGGCUUCUCGCUCGAGGCGUACGAGAAGUGGGCCAAGUUCGCGCUCGCCCGCCCCGAGGUCGUCGAGAAGGUCCUCCAGCUCCACAAGCGCCAGCGCAACCCGCUCACCAACUACCUCGACGGCAACCUGUGGGCCGGCACCAUCUCGAUCGGCACGCCGCCGCAGGACUUUACGAUUGACUUUGACACGGGCUCGUCCGACCUGUGGGUGCCGGGCAAGGGCGUCUCGGGCUUCACGACGUUCGACGCGAGCCAGUCGUCGACCGCCGAGAACUCGACCGACUCGUUCCAGAUCUCGUACGGCGACGGCUCGACCGUGUCGGGCCCCGUCUACACCGACACGGUCACGGUCGCAGGCCUGAGCGCGUCCUCCCAGCACUUCAGCGCUGUGGACGACAUGGGCACCGACUUUGGCGACACGCCGGUUGAUGGUAUCCUCGGCCUUGGCUUCGAGACGAUCUCGAACCUCGGCGAGCGUCCGUUCUUCAAGACGCUGUGGGAGGAGGGCCACGUGUCGCAGAACCUGUUCUCGUUCGUCCUGGGCGACACCGACGAGGGCGAGCUGUACCUCGGCGGCCUCGACGACGCCAAGUACUCGGGCGAGCUCACGUACACGCCCGUCACGCAAGCCGGAUACUGGCAGGUCGAGGGUGCAGCAAGCGCCAACGGGAUCAAGCUUGCGCCCGAGCAGAUGAUCAUCGACACUGGCACGACGCUCGUCCUCGGUCCUCCUACCUCGGUCGCCAAGUUCUUCAGGCGGGUGCGCGGCGCCAGGCCGUUCCAGAACGGCUACUGGAGCUACCCUUGCUCGUUGCCGUUCAAGGCCGCGUUCGAGUUCGGCGGCGUCUCGUACGAGAUCCCGAGCAAGUACCUCAACCUCGGCCUCACAGAGCUCGGCAGCUCGAGGUGCGUCGCGUCGAUCGUCGGUCAGGACGUCGGCGUCGAGGCGUGGAUCGUCGGCGACAGCUUCCUGCGCAACGUCUACACGGUCUUCAACGCCGGCGAGAGCUCGGUCGGGUUCGCCAACCUCGCCUAGAGCGACCCUCGCCCCUCUCCCUCUCUAUCGUUACCCCCUUUCGCUCCUUCCCUCGUCGCCGACCCGCUGGUUCGGGCACGGACCUCUCCUUUUCGUCGCUCCUUCCCCAUCCUCGCACGGACACGUCCUCCGACCGAGCGUAGAAGCAGUCGCUCGCUGUCUAUAGAGACUAUGACUCUCUCUC